GACUUUCAUACUCUCGCUUUGUGCUGCCUUCCAGUGACUACCGUACGGUACUGUACGAAACAAAAGCAAGCGGAUGGAACAAGUCGAAAUAUCAUGCACUUCAGGUUUCCAUAAUCCACCUUCGACACCGCGCAGGCUCCAGCUGGUGAAAAGGGCUUGUGUUUCGGAACACACACGCACUGACACAUAAAUAGAAGACGCAUCUAAGACUCAUAUUUGUAGUUGAAGUCUGAUUAUCUGUUAAACGCACGAUCUGCUCAAGGCAGCAUUUCAGAUCAGAUUUCACAUUCAGUUCAGACCAGCUGGGAGAGCAGAAAGAGCGAUUCAGAGUGCUUGUUUCUCUUCCACUCCGACUCUGGGUCUUGGGGAACUCAGGAGCGCGAGAAAGCGAACCACAACGUGGAACCCUGACCUGAUAAAAGGUGUGUCGGAAUUCGUCUAGGAUUCUCUUUUGCAAGAUUGACAAGAGGUGAGAGUAUAGAAAUAGAUCGGAAAGAGAUGGACGAGCAGCCGCGGUUGAUGCACUCUCAUGCGGGAGUAGGAAUGGCAGGGCAUCCCGGCCUGUCGCAACACAUGGAAGGCACCGGAGGAACAGACGGCGAUGGGAGAAAACAGGACAUUGGAGACAUUUUACAGCAAAUAAUGACCAUCACAGACCAAAGUCUGGAUGAAGCUCAAGCCAGGAAGCACGCCUUGAAUUGCCACAGAAUGAAGCCUGCUCUCUUCAACGUCUUGUGUGAAAUCAAAGAAAAAACAGUUCUCAGUAUCCGUGGUGCCCAGGAGGAAGAGCCUCCAGAUGCCCAACUCAUGCGAUUGGACAACAUGUUGCUGGCGGAGGGUGUGUCCGGACCAGAGAAAGGGGGCGGUUCUGCAGCGGCUGCGGCUGCGGCUGCAGCUUCAGGGGGAGGGGCAGGAGCGGAUAACUCAGCAGAGCACUCGGACUACAGAGCGAAGCUGUCUCAGAUCAGACAGAUCUACCACACAGAGCUGGAGAAAUACGAACAGAUGGUAUCCCAGUGCGGAUGGAGGGGGGAGAGUUACACAGGGAGUCAUGGCAACGGAAACAAGGCCUGUAACGAGUUCACCACCCACGUGAUGAACCUGCUGCGGGAGCAGAGUCGCACGCGGCCCAUCUCUCCCAAGGAGAUCGAGCGCAUGGUGGGCAUCAUCCACCGCAAGUUCAGCUCCAUCCAGAUGCAGCUCAAACAGAGCACCUGCGAAGCCGUCAUGAUCUUGCGCUCACGCUUCCUCGACGCCAGACGGAAAAGACGGAACUUCAACAAACAGGCGACAGAGAUCCUGAAUGAGUACUUCUACUCACACCUGUCCAACCCCUACCCUAGUGAAGAGGCCAAAGAAGAGCUGGCCAAGAAGUGCUCCAUUACAGUUUCACAGGUUUCCAACUGGUUCGGAAACAAAAGGAUCAGAUACAAGAAAAACAUUGGAAAGUUCCAGGAAGAAGCCAACAUGUACGCGGCCAAAACUGCAGUAAAUGCGACCAAUGUAUCCUCACACGGAAGCCAAGCUAACUCGCCCUCCACUCCUAACUCUGCAGGUUCUGCUGGCUCUUUUAACAUGUCAAACUCUGGCGACUUGUUCAUGAGCGUGCAGUCUCUCAAUGGGGACUCGUACCAAGGGGCUCAGCUGGGAGCCAAUGUGCAGUCACAGGUGGAUACCCUUCGCCAUGUUAUCAGUCAGACAGGCGGAUACAGUGAGGGCCUCACAGCCAGCCAGAUGUACAGUCCUCAGGGCAUCAAUGCAAACGGAGGCUGGCAGGAUGCUACCACCCCCUCAUCAGUGACAUCCCCCACAGAAGGACCCGGAAGUGUUCACUCUGACACGUCCAACUGAUCCUCCUCCAAACAACUCCAUCCUCCGCCAAGGUCCAGCACCCCCCCCCCCCAGCCCCCUCCCUCCAUCGGCCAGCCAACCAGUGGGCUCACCUUUAGGACUGCAGGUUACACACUAGACUGGUCACGUGGCCUCUCUCUGCGGGUGGGGACUACAGAAAGAAGCACCAUCACCACCAUAGACAGUUUCAUUGCUUGUUGUGUCCCGUAUCUACAACUAACAGCUAAUUGUGACCCAGUCCGUCAGAAACCUGACCCUCGGGGGCUCUGUUCUCCCAUCCAUCUCCAUUCACUUCCUGUCUGUACAGCUAUCUCGCCAGAUAUCCACGUUGCCCCUGUGUGAUCGUGUGACUCAUGACACAGUAGGCAAACAGUAACACCACGUACAUACGAUAUGGCCCUUAUAUUGUUGGUUGAAAUGCUUUUUACACUACCUCUAUUGGAAAUAACGACAACACCACAACGACAACGGAGAACCAUGACAGCGGGAGAUCUUCUUAAAAAAGCAUUGUUUAUAAAACUUUGUAAUUACUGGUAAUGACAGUAGCUCGCAAAGUCCUCUUGUCCCGCCUCAAGGCUUGUUUUUCAGACAGUUUUGGCUUUGCGACCCUAUAUAACUUAAUUCACAACAAUUUAUUAAAAUAUUAUUUUUGUCCAUAGUGCCAAAGUUCAACACAGGAAGUUAAUUUUAAUAAUAUUACAGUGUGCUUGUGAAAACAACACAGCUGACAAUUCAUAUAAAAAAGUUAAUUAGUCAUUAAAAUGUAAUGACUAAUUCCAUUUCAUGUUAGUAGCUUAUCAAUGGGAUUCUUCAAAAUAGAGAUUCAAACUUUCCUCUUCAUUUUAGGUGUUCUGUUUUCAAGCUUCUCCAGUGGGCAAUAAGAUAUGAAACAUUUUUACUGCAAGAAUGGUAGCCUAUGUUUUCUGCUCAUAUUGAAUGCUGCAUAGUAUGCGUGAUCAUGUGUCAUAAUGCAUCAGCAAAUAUAAGAGGAAUGGUGUGCUGAUGGAUCAUGGGAAUUUUAGCUACUGGAAUUCCAAAUAAUUCCUUUACAUAUUGUUAGUAGUGUCCACCGAAUCCAGAGACCAUUGACAUGCAGUCUGCAAACAUUUACCCAGAACACUUGAACAAUGAGUACGUUAGCAGCAUCAAUUCUAAUAAGCCAACAUGUCUUUAAGCACAGUACGUUGUUGUGAUUAUCCUGUGGAGGGUAACAUUUUCAUUAGUCAAAGAGACUAACACAGUACAGAGAACACACAGGAAUAAUCAUUUUAUAUAACCUUCACCUUGUAUGGGAAAUAUUGUGUGUACCUACCUACAUACACUACCAUUAUCACUAUCACUGUACAUCAGUGUUAUCACUAUAGCCAAAUACUGCUGGUAACCAAAAUCACUUGUGUAAGGUGUAUGUGCAAAAAAAGGCAUUUUAAUGUAGAUUAAUUUGGUUUUUUUUGUAGUACAAUGUGGUAGUCAUUGAAUACAUGACAGGACAUGAUUCUGAAAUAACUCUCAAAGUGACCCAAUUCAUUUAGUCUUACUGUUGUUCCUUAGCUUUUAAACUAGUUAUUGCUUACUAUUUCUUUCCAGUUAUUAUCAUCGCUGAGUUUGAAUUUGUUAAUUCAACCUCAUCAUAUCAUUCUUCUUUUACAGUUUGGUUAUCAAGGUUGGUCUCUACGUAUUAUUAUAUUGCAAAUUACUCCUUGCAUAAUACUCAGUCUAAAUUACGCAGAAAUAAAUCCAAAAUAAAAUGUAUUAAUUUUGUUGUAUCUGAUUAUUUGAUUUGAGCUACAGUGUUUACUUACACAAAAUUACACAAUGCCUUCUUGGCCAAUUCAACAUAUCACUAUACACUCGUGGAAGUAAAAGUGUCUGGAAGAACAUUUUAGGGUUAAAAUAUUUGCCAUACUAGCGGCACAUUUUCAGUUCAUUAAGCAAGGAAUCCCUCAGAAAAGGGUUAACAUGGAACCGGGUAUAAAUGUUCAAACGUGUGAUGUUAUUGUGAUGAGAGGGGGUUAAUUUUUUUUACCUUUUUAAUAAUAUUGUAGAUGUGGUAGUCUAGUUAAAGAUUGGAGGCAUGGCUUAUUGUACUCAUGGUAAUAAAAUGUGACCACCCGUUUGUGUAACUGUCAUUCCUGUUCAUCAUGGUUAUUUUUUACACUGCAAAUAACCCAUUUUACUUAAGUAUUGAUGCACGUUAGUAAUGGUAAUACAUAAACAUUUGUUUUUGUUACACCAUUUCUCUCCUUCUAAAAAUUUUCAUAAUACCCUAUUGUAUCUAUGGUCGUAUCAUUGGUUCUUCCAAUGAAUUCGGGAGAGUUGAAGAUUGCAACAAUCAUUCCUCCUUGGCAUCCAUGACACACCAUAAUGCUUUUUUCCACAUUGUUCAUCCAACAAUGUCACAUGGGGUCAACACGUGGCAGCAGGCUUACUCACCUAACAACCCCAGUUAGCUUUGCAGACGCCCAUGGAGUUUACUAGCCACAUAUCAACUAGCGCCACAGACAAACUUUGACUUUGGUGUUCAGCUGGGUGCACCUUAAACCACUGCACUACCCGGUAGUCCUACACAUUUUACAUUAGAAUAAAAUGGAGUACCUAUAUCAGUGAAGCAGUAUCUAUUUCAACUUUGAACAGGUUCUUGAGAAACUAUAUUACCCUCAUUGGUGCUGUGUAAGUGUCAGUUCUCAACCCUAACGUGAUGAUAUCAGAUGAACUGGAAUGACAAAUACUUCACAUAAAAAAAAUAAGUAUAUCUUAAAGCCACACCUGUACAAAACCACGCCUCCACUCCAGGGAUCCUCCAGAACCACAAAAGUUCCACCAAGAACCCCUAAACUAACCGAAGGGACAAAUAUGACCCGGUGACUACCGUGGUUUCUUGAGGAUCUCCAGGGUUCCUUGAGUCACCACUAUUUCUAAGAGUGUACCAUUGCUUUGAUACCAAAAGUAACAUUGGGAUCAGCUUUAACAACUUGACUUGGUUUGUUUUGUAAAACUGUGUAUUAUCUGAAAUACGAACAUCUCAUUGGGUUUGUUCUUUCUGUACUUAAAACCAAAUAUGCUCACAAUACCGUGUUUGUCUAUAGAUAUGAAAUGAAAAAGACAAACGGCUCAAUUCAAUCAAACCCACAUUGCAUUAUUUACACUGCAAAACAUUUUCCAGUGGUCAGUUUAACUCACAGACUGGUCUUGGGUAGUGUACAAAAAAGCUAAUGUGUAAAUACUGCAAUACUGGUUGGAAUGAAUAGGGCUCAAACCCUCAUGGCACACAGACAGAUUCAGAAGAUGUUUGGAUACAUUUCUAUGUCCUUAUGUUGUGAAUAACAAAAAUAAUAAUUUUCCUUGGUUACAGGAUUUAAAGUAUGUUAUAUUUUAUUUUCUUGCUAGCAUAAUGUGAAUCAGCUCAAGAAUGCUUUAUAUAUGUAGAUGUGCACCUUUCUUCUUUUCUUUUGUAUUAUUGGACAGUAUCCAUUUUGAAACAAACACAGGAAGAGGUCCUUUCACAUUAAUGAUAUAAUCUACUCACAUUCUACUUUCUAACAGACAAGCUGGUUUCUAAAAUGGCUACUGUCUGGUUAAUUAAAGGUGAUGUGAAAAGAUAGUGAGAACACUUGUUUUUAGCCCAACCAAAUCCUUAUAAUGUCAUUAUAAAUAUACAUUUUACAGGAAGCCAUAUCAUAACAAACAUCUGUAUAGAUAGCUCCAGUACCAUACAGCUCAAUGCACCAGAGACUGAAUAUCUCACAACUUAACUCUUCUUUCACAAACAGUACAUUUGUACACUGUAUAUUUUAUAUACGUUUUGGUGUCAUUAUGGCAAUAUUGUGUUGUAUUUUUAUUUAAUUUUUUAUCUGCUUAAUUUGCUCCCAGUCCCGACAGUCCAGUCGAUGGAAAACUCAUGGGUAACAUAGCACAGGGUCUAUGUUUGGGAUAUUGUGGCAUUUAAUCACACAUUUCAGUAAAAAAUAAUAAUUAUUUUAUCCAUCUGGCCAGCAGAACAGAAACAUUGCCCUCUAAAAUCCGUUCCUCUACUUUUCACAUUGCCUGUCCAGGAUCAUCAUGUUAUGAAAAGCUUCAUGUAAUGGUGCUUUUAGUUUUUGAACAUAAUAGGAAAUAAAACUAUAAAAAAAAAUAAAGAAGAAACUGAACAAUUUGUAAAACAUCAAAUGUUUUCUUUGUUGCAUGUCUUUUGUUCUUCAAUAAAAUAGCGUCCUGCGGUGUUUUUGAAUGUUACUUCUUUUUUAUAAAGAUUUCAAAGUGAAAUCAUGGAGCCUUUUUCUUGACAGGUUUAAACUUUUAAGAUCUCUGCAUAUGUGAAAAGGGUAUACAAAUGGAAAGCGCAAAACUAUUGUCUUUUUAAUUCCAAUUUAAAACCUGUUUUCUGUGGAGAAAAAACAUUGCUAACAAGGUGUAGGUUUUAUGGUCUCUUUCUUUGUACUGGUAAUGCAUAUUCCAAAUAAAUAGUUUCUUUUGUUGCAUA